GCUGUCCCCCUUCUUCCCCCACAGGUGCCCUACCACCUGCUAGCCCCCAUGGGGGUGUCCGGCGUCCUGCGGCGCCUGAGCGGCGUCCCCUCCUCCGCAGAGGAGGACCAGGGUGAGGGAGGCGGCUUGGCAGCCUGCCGCAAUGGGCGCUCCCCCGGGGGCGUCGAGGUGGGCCUGGGCCCCCGGCGCAGGGGCCGCUUCGUCAAGAAGGAUGGCCACUGCAACGUGCGCUUCGUCCACCUCGGGGAGCACGGGGCGCGCUACCUCAGCGACCUGUUCACCACCUGCGUGGACGUCCGCUGGCGCUGGAUGUGUCUGUUCUUCUCUUGCUCCUUUGUGGCCUCCUGGCUCCUCUUCGGCCUGGCCUUCUGGCUCAUCGCCUCCCUGCACGGGGACCUGGCCGCGCCCCCGCCGCCCGCGCCCUGCUUCUCGCAGGUUGGCAGCUUCCUGGCCGCCUUCCUCUUCGCCCUGGAGACCCAGACGUCCAUCGGCUACGGGGUGCGCAGCGUGACGGAGGAGUGCCCGGCCGCGGUGGUGGCCGUGGUCCUGCAGUGCAUAGCGGGCUGCGUGUUGGACGCCUUUGUGGUGGGGGCCAUCAUGGCCAAGAUCGCCAAACCCAAGAAGCGGAACGAGACGCUGGUGUUCAGCGAGAAUGCCGUGGUGGCUCUGCGGGACCACCGCCUCUGCCUCAUGUGGCGGGUGGGGAACCUGCGCCGGAGCCACCUGGUGGAGGCCCACGUCCGAGCCCAGCUGCUCCAGCCUCGAGUCACCCCAGAAGGUGAGUACAUUCCCCUGGAUCACCAGGAUGUGGACGUGGGGUUUGACGGGGGUACAGACCGCAUCUUCCUGGUGUCGCCCAUCACCAUCGUGCACGAGAUCGAUGCUUCCAGCCCCCUGUACGAGAUGGGCCGGGCCGAGCUGGCCAGGGCGGACUUUGAGCUGGUGGUCAUCCUGGAGGGCAUGGUGGAGGCCACAGCCAUGACCACUCAGUGCCGCUCCUCCUAUCUGCCAGGGGAGCUUCUGUGGGGCCACCGCUUUGAGCCUGUGCUCUUCCAGAGAGGGGCCCACUAUGAGGUGGACUAUCGUCACUUUCACCGAACCUACGAGGUGCCAGGGACCCCCAUCUGCAGUGCUCGGGAGCUGGAUGAGCGAAGGGCCCUGGGGGACAGUGACAGCCCUGGGCCCAAAGGGGGCCUGCCCGGUGCCCUGGCUGCCUUCUGCUAUGAAAAUGAGGUGGCCCUCAGCUGCUGCCAGGAGGAGGAUGAGGCGGAGGUGGAGAGGGGUGAAGCCCAGGUGGAAACCAGCUCCAAGGCCCCCACCCCACCCCCAACCCCAUCCCCUGAAUUGGCCCCACCCCCUUGA